AUGAACCCUUGCAUGCUAGCGAGGAGACUGUUUGUCGGGGGCAUAGCGAAAGACGCGGAGGAGGAGUUCGGGCACGUGGAGAGCGUUGAGAUGUACAAUGCUCGCAAGUUCGCCUUCGUCACGAUGGGCUCUGAAACCUCAGCUCAACAUGCCCGUCAACAGUACCAACAGAACCCCUCUGCCUUCUCCCAUGUUUGCUCCUUCUUGGAUUUUGCCAAGGAAAAACCUCUAGACGGUCGCACUGUCCCUGCAAGAUCAUCAGAAGCUGAUCUCGCUGACAUCGGCAUCUUGAUCCCCAAGUCACAUGCGGAUCGGAUCGUGUUGUACAUCCGAGACUGCUAUGAUCUCCUCCCAGUGAGGGUUUCUGGAAACUCGGAUCUUGUUCAUUUCUUGAGUCAAGAUGGGUAUGAGGAGGAGGAUGUUGAAAGGAUCGCGACAAGGAAGGAUUGUCUUGCUUUCUUCCGAGCGCCCUCCGAUACACAAGCAUUUCAAAUGCUGUCACAGGACGACCUGCUGCAGGGUCUGAUGCAGAGGUUGUUCCUGUUCGACUCGGCACACAGCAGCUUGCUGGAGGCAGUGAACAACCUCGCUCAGCGAUGCCAUGCUCUCUCUAUCGACCUCGUUCGCGUUCACUGCUUCCCAUCCCAGAUGCAGACAAAGAUCAUCUCGAUGUUGGAAGGCCAGAACAUCAACCAAUCUCCAACGCUGUGA